AUGAUUGGAAAGGUAACAAGGGAGUAUGAUUCAUGCAUUGAGAAAGAUAAGUUGUUUGCAUCUACUUCAUCUAAGAAGAUUGGGAAAUAUGCUCGCGGAGAUGAUGCCAUUGUUCAUGCACUUGAGCUUGAAAGUGCUUGCAUUCGAAAAGACCACCGGGACUGGUUCAAGAAACCAAAAAGAGUAAAAGCUUUUCAUUGGAGGGAGUACGAUUCAUGCAUUAAGAAAGCUAAGUUGUCUACAUCUACUUCAUCUAACAAGAUGGCGAAAUAUGCUUGCAGAGAUGAUGCCAUUGUUCAUGCACUUGAGCUUGAAAAUGCUUGCAUUCGAAAAGAUCACCCUUACUUCUUAAGUAGAACACAUCCACAAGAGAUAACGCCAUUGUUCAUGCACUUAAGCUUGAAAGUACUUGCAUUCAAAAAGAUCACAUGUAUUUAUUUCUCAAGUAGGACACAUACACAAGGCGGGGGUCCAUGGGAGCAUCAUGAUGUUGACGAAUCGUUGAGUCCAUUUGAUUCCAGUGAAGAAAGUAAAGAUUUUGACAAGGAUUCGAGUAGUUCAGAAUACGAUUUAGAUUCAGCAUUCAUUGUAUCAUUCAAUGAGCUAAAUCAUGCAUGUCCCACUAACAAGCAAACUAAGUCAUUGAGAACUCCAAAUGAUCCAAAGGAUGACAGGAUGGUAGUGAGGGGAAUGAUGACAAAAGGACCUGGGGAUGGUUCUCGUGACAUAUAUCUCCUUCAAAUGCUUGUACAUAAAUAA